AUGGUUCACAAACGUAGCUCGUCCCCGGCUGACGUUCCCGGAGACGGGAGCCUGCCGGAGCGGAGCGGAGCAGCCCGGCCCUGCUGGGUGCCAGCUCCCGCGCUCGGCGCUGACCACCCCGCCGGGGGGAUGCUGCCCCUCCGUCCCGCGCUGCUGCCCAAGCGCUACCGCGGCGGCUCGGCUCCGCGCUCGCGGCCGGGCCGCGCGGCCGCCCGAGCGGCGGCGGCAGGAGGAGGAGAAGGGCGCGGCGGCGGCACCGGCGGCGACGGAUCCCCCGCGCUGGUCCCGCGGGGCGGCGCUGGGUCGGUGCGGGUGCCGGUCCGGCGGCGCGGGCCGGGGUCGCCGCGGGCUGCCCGGAGGGAGGCGGAGCAGGAGCCGCCGCGCCCGUGCGGGCGCUGGCCGUUAGGGGCCGCUGCCGCUCCCCGCAGGGCGCGGGGGGGCGGGGCCGGCGGGCGCGGCGCGAGGCCCGGUCGCGCGGCGGCGGCAGCGUCGCGCCUGUUGGCCCAGCCGGCGGCGGCCAUGGCGGCCGUGCUGUCCCCACGCCUCUGCGACAGCGACCCGGCCACGCCCGGCGCGCAGUCCCUCAAGGAUGAUGCAGAAGAAAAUUCCAAUGAUGGCAGCCAGCCAUCCAAAAGACGGCGCAUGGGCUCAGGGGACAGUUCUCGGAGCUGUGAAACUUCCAGUCAAGACCUUGGGUAUAGUUAUUUUCCUGCUGAAAAUUUGAUAGAAUACAAAUGGCCACCUGAUGAAACAGGAGAAUACUAUAUGCUUCAGGAGCAAGUCAGUGAAUAUUUGGGUGUGACUUCCUUUAAAAGAAAAUAUCCAGAUUUAGAAAGGCGAGAUUUAUCUCACAAAGAGAAACUCUACCUCAGAGAACUAAAUGUUAUCACAGAGACUCAAUGCACACUAGGUCUAACAGCUUUGCGUAGUGAUGAAGUAAUUGAUCUUAUGAUUAAAGAAUACCCUGCCAAACAUGCUGAGUAUUCUGUUAUACUGCAAGAGAAAGAACGGCAGCGAAUAACAGAUCAUUACAAAGAGUAUUCUCAAAUGCAGCAGCAGAACACACAGAAAGUAGAAGCCAGUAAAGUUCCAGAAUAUAUUAAAAAAGCUGCCAAGAAAGCUGCAGAAUUCAACAGCAAUUUAAACCGAGAGCGGAUGGAAGAAAGAAGAGCCUAUUUUGAUUUACAAACACAUAUUAUCCAGGUGCCUCAAGGAAAAUACAAAGUCUUGCCUACAGAGAGAACAAAGGUUAGUCCUUAUCCAGUGGCUCUCAUACCCGGCCAGUUCCAGGAGUACUACAAAAGAUACUCUCCAGAUGAACUGCGUUACUUGCCGUUAAACACAGCUCUUUAUGAACCUCCUUUGGAUCCGGAGCUGCUUACACUGGACAGUGAUGGAGAUUCAGAUGAUGCAGAGGAAGGGCGAGGUGAUGAAAAAAGGAAAACCAAAGGCAAUUCGCCAAAGGUCAUUCCAAAUGCUAUAUGUGGAAUUUGUCUGAAGGGUAAGGAGUCCAACAAGAAAGGAAAACCUGAAGCUCUUAUACAUUGCUCCCAGUGUGACAACAGUGGCCACCCGUCUUGCCUUGAUAUGACCCCGGAGCUUGUUGCUAUGAUUAAGACUUACCCUUGGCAAUGUAUGGAGUGUAAAACAUGCAUUAUAUGUGGGCAGCCUCACCAUGAAGAAGAAAUGAUGUUCUGUGAUGUAUGUGACCGUGGUUAUCACACUUUUUGUGUGGGGCUUGAUGCUAUCCCUUCAGGUCGCUGGAUUUGUGAUUGUUGUCAGAAAGACCCUCCUGUACCCAGAAGAGGAGGAAGAAGGGGGAAAAACAGCAAGGAGGGCUAAGAAAGUCCUAAAAACUUGCUAUCCAAAACUUAACUGCACAAAUUAAAGUGAUAAUCUGGUGCUAUUUAAUCAACCACUCUGUAAGAGGAGCAAUACCACUUUUUUUUUCUUUUUACUAAAUAAACUUUGCCUAUAUAUUGA